GGGUUCUGUCCUGCCUUCUUAGCCCUGUCUCAAGAACACUGGCUCACAGCCUCUCCCCAAUGGAUCUUAACGCGCUAAAACAUUCCACCCCGGGAAGACCCAGCAUCUAAUGCGGUCACUGGCGUCAGGUAGAUCCAGGGAACAGGGAGGAGAUUGUGAGGCCGGUGAAUUUAGGCAAAGAUAAGUCCAGUUACUAGAGGAGAGGUAUAAACAGCCACUGGGAAAAGACUGUCUGGAGCACAGGGAAAGAGAGAAACCACAGGAAGAGCGAGCUAUUCAGGACAAGGAAGCAAGCCAAGGGCCCCCAGAGUGUGGAUGCCUGCAGGGAGAGUGGAACCAAGGUGCUGGGGUCUGGUGCUGAGGGAAGGCCCAGGCUACGAUCCUCAUGCCGGCCCUGCUGCUCAUCCUGACCCUGUUUUCAGGGCUAGCUAAUGGAGCCAGCCUCCAGCCUGAACCAAUGAGCCACCUAGGUGUGUGCCCCAACCAGCUCAACCCCAACCUCUGGGUGGAUGCCCAGAGCACCUGUGAGAGGGAAUGCCAUGUGGAUCAGGACUGUAAUGGUUUUGAAAAGUGCUGCACCAAUGUGUGUGGGCUACAGAGCUGUGUGGCAGCUCGCUUUGCCGACGGUAGCUCGGCAGCUCCAGCACGAGCUGCCUCCUGCGAAAGCUUUGUCUGCCCCCAGCAGGGCUCUGACUGUGAUAUCUGGGAUGGCCAGCCCGUGUGCAAGUGCCGGGACCGCUGUGAGAAGGAGCCCAAUUUCACCUGUGCGUCAGAUGGCCUCACUUACUACAAUCGCUGCUACAUGGAUGCUGAGGCUUGCCUUCGGGGCCUCCGUCUCAGUGUGGUCCCCUGCAAGUAUGUCUUCAGCUGGCCCCACACCAGCCCUGGGCCUCCUGAGACCACCGCACCCCCCACGCCCGGGGCAGCCCCUGACAUGCCCAUCCCGCCAGCCCUCUACAGUAACCCCUUCCACCAGUCAGUCUAUGCCGGGGGCACAGCCAGCUUCCACUGUGAUGUUAGUGGCCGCCCAUCACCUGACAUCACCUGGGAGAAGCAGAGCGAUCAGCGGGAGAACUUCAUCAUGAGGCCUGACCAGAUGUAUGGCAACGUGGUGGUCACCAACAUUGGCCAGCUGGUGGUCUAUAACGCACGGCCUGAGGAUGCUGGGCUCUAUACCUGCACUGCCCGCAAUGCAGCUGGCCUCCUCCGAGCCGACUUCCCUCUUUCUGUCAUCCAGCGGGAGCCCCCGGGAGGGGAGCUGCCCGUCCCCAGUCCACCACCCCCUGCUCCAAUGGAGUGUCUGAAGGAACCGGACCGUCAAGCCUGCCAGGGCACUGGCAGCCAAGUACGAUGGCACUUUGACGCCAAAAAGGGUGGGUGUACCACCUUCCAAGACAAUGGCUGUGAUGUGGGCAAUGGCAACCGAUUUGAGACCUAUGAGGCGUGCCAACAGGCCUGUGCUCGGGGCCCUGGCGAUGCCUGUGUCCUGCCUGCUGUGCAAGGCCCUUGCCGAAGCUGGGAGGCUCGCUGGGCCUAUAGCCCACUACUUAAACAGUGCCAUUCAUUUGUGUAUGGGGGCUGUGACGGCAAUGCCAACAACUUUGAAAGCCGGGAGAGCUGCGAGGAUGCGUGCCCUUUCCCCCGGACACUGCCCUGCAAGGCCUGCAGGCUCAAAAGCAAGAUGGCCCUGAGUCUGUGCCGCAGUGACUUUGCCAUCGUGGGGCGACUGACAGAGGUGAUUGAGGAGCCCGAUGCUGGCAUUGCCCGAUUUGCCCUGGAGGGCGUGCUCAAGGAUGAUAAGAUGGGCCUCAAGUUCUUUGACACGAAGUAUCUGGAGGUGACGCUGACUGGCAUAGACUGGGAUUGCCCCUGUCCCAACAUGACGGCUGGAGAUGGGCCGCUGGUCAUCAUGGGGGAGGUGCACGACGGAGUGGCCGUGCUCCACCCCAGCAGCUACGUCAGGGCUGCCAGUGAUAAGCGGGUAAAGAAAAUCUUAGAGUUGAUUGAGAAGAAGGCCUGUGAGCUGCUCAACCGUUUUCAGGACUGAACCUGGGUGUACAUGUGGGCACAGGCGGGAUACAUCUCUGAAGGGGUGAGUUCUGCCAGUCCCUAGACCCUCCUAGAGCCCCACUCAGCCUGUGCUCUCCAGAGUAGGUGAAUAAAAGGUGUUUCUCCUUCAAGUCUUUGUUACCUGUCUGCCCUUUCCUGAGGACAGGGACCCAAAAUGGAUCAAGGUCCCAGACACUCUGCUCAGUGGCCCUGCCUGACCCUCCAUUGCUUCCCUUAGCUGCUGUCUUGUGUACCACCC